AUGAAGGAUUUUAGAAAUUAUCUAGAAACAUGCAAAUUAUUACAAGCCUCAAGAUCUGGUAAGAAGAGAAUUCUCUACGAUCUUGAUAAGGCUUUUUACAAUACAAAAUGGUUAGAGUUGUAUGAAGCUUGGUGUUAUAUAGGUGGAGUUAGAUGUAUUUCAGAUCAUGGUGCAUUAUUGGGUGGGGUGGUUAACUUAGAGAAACCAAGAAAUAUUACUUUCAGGUAUCAUUCAGUUUGGACUACUCAUCCUGAUUUUCUAAAAGUAAUAGCAGAGUCAUGGAUAGAGGAAUGUUCUGGUAAUCAUGCUGUUAUAUUUCUCAAUAAAUUGAAAAGAUUGAAACAUGUACUUAAAAAGUGGAACUGUGAGGUGUUUGGUGACUUGAGAAUCAAAUUGAAGCAAGAUGAUGAGGAAGUAUUGUCUACAACUUUGUUGUCCAAUGUAGACCCUGAAAACAUCGAAUUACUUAAUAAUCUGGUGACUGCAAGAGGAAAACAAGAAAUUGUUUCUAAACAAUACAAUGAGUUGAUGAGAGCUAAAUCAAGAGUGAAAUGGGUUAAGGAAGGUGGUGCUAAUACUGCCUUUUUCCACACAUGUACGAGAAUAAGGAAGACUCAAAAUAAUAUAUUUGAGUUGGAAAAUGCAGAUGGUACUUUAGUAAUUGAACAAAACCAAAUUUUUGAUAUUUUGGUUACACAUUAUGAAAAUAAAUUUGAGGCAGGGAGCAUAGAGUUUGCAGAGAAUAUUUUUGAAGUCAUUCCUAAAGUGUUGAGUGAGGAAGAUAAUUUCUUCUUAGAUGAUAUACCUUCAUCAGUUGAAAUAAAAGAUGCAGUUUUUGCAAUGGAUGCUAAUGGUGCUCCUGGUCCAGAUGGAUAUCCUGGAUGCUUUUACAGAUAUGCAUGGAAGUUGUUGGAGUUGAAUUAG